AUGGAGAGUAAAUACAAAGAAAUCCUUUUAUUAAUUGAACUGGAUAAUAUCACUGAUGAAGAGCCCCAUAGAUUCAAGUUCUUUCUCCCAGAUGAGCUGAAAAUCUCCACAGGCAAGCUAGAAAAGGCAAAUAGGACUGAGGUAGCUAACUUGAUGAUUCAAAAUGCUGGCAUAGUCUCUGCUGUGAUGAAGACCACACACCUUUUUCUGAAGUUGAACUAUAUGCAUGUGGCAAAAAGUUUGCAGGAAGAGAAAGAGAAAGUUGACAAGAAAUAUAAAGGUAAAAAAGGAACAAAGCUACUGAAAAAGAGAAGUCAGUCUAGAAUGAGUCCUGACGCCUUUACAGCCACCAAAAAUUAUGUCAUGGAACCAUGUGCUGCACCAACAGUCUCUCCUCACCUUAAGACAAGCUGUAUCACAGUCAUGGUGCUGACAAUGAAUCCAUUUGAAUUUGAGACCCAAGAAGGAAAGAAAAAGAUGAUGUUCCAUGCUACAAUGGCUACUGAGAGUGAAUUCUUUUUAGUGAAAGUUUUCAAUACAAAGCUAAAAGAUAAAUUCACCCCAAAGAGAAUAAUCACAAAAUUACAGUAUUAUUGGCACAGUAGUUUUCUAGAGGUGAAUAGUGCCUUGCAUGUAUUUGAUGCUGAAUCUGACCAAAAUAUCAGCAUCACAAAGCACAUUAUCAGAAAAGCUAGUGAAACCCCGAACAAUGAACUUCAAACUCAGCCCCUUGGAACAACUGUCAAUGGGGAGUUUGUAACACAGAAGAAAACAGAAGGAAGGAGCUGCAUGUUAUUUAAGCUGAAUGACAACACAGGCAGCAUGGACAUAUUGGUGCUUGGAUCACACUCCAAAAUCAAUUGCCAGCAAGGGGAUAAAGUUCGACUUAUAUUUUUUGAGCUGUCAAAAAAUGGAGAAAAGCUGCAGCUGAAAUCUGAAGUUCACAGUUUCAUUAAAGUAGGAGCUUCAUGGAAGAAAAUCAAGUCUUCAAGACUUGAAGGGGGUCUGCUGACUUUCAGCAAGCUAGGCAAGUGGUAUUGA